AAGACGUGAAUACGUCAUCAAAAAGCGACACCAUUUAGACGCACGAUACUUUUUGAGGUAUGUGUGUUAUUAAAUAAUAGUACAGAUAGCGGUCUGUGUGCAUCUGAUCAGGUUUAUCUUUGGUUCUGCUUCACUUUAAGAUGAGCUACGCUGCAUGAGAAGAGCUUAAAAGUUUCAGAUUGUACUGUUUCAAAGUAAGACAAAAGUCUGACUACCAGUUUUCUGACAGCCUGGACUGAGAAGUUAAACACUGUCUUGGCUGUCAGCUGCCUUCUCAAAAAUGUGUCAAGUGGAUGAAGAAUACCACGAUCAGCUGGAGCGAACUGAUGUUCCCAGUGCGUCUCAGAAAUGUGUCAAAUGCAAAGAGGUGUCUGCUGCUGUGGUGAUCAGAGCAGGAGAUGCAUACUGCAGGGGCUGUUUCAAGGAGUAUUUCAUUCACAAGUUCAGAGCCAUGCUGGGCAAAAACAGAAUCAUUUUCCCCGGAGAGAAGGUGCUGCUGGCUGUAUCUGGAGGUCCUUCUUCCUGUUCCAUGCUCAGUCAAGUCCAAGAGGGUUUAAGCCAGAAGGCUCACAAGAAGUUGAGAUUCUUUCCUGGCAUUGUCUACAUUGAUGAGGGUGGUGCUGUAGGUCAGCCUACAGAGGAGAGACAGAGGACGGUGUCUGAGUUGGAGAUGGUGUUCAAAGCUACUGGUUUCCCCUUCCACAUCGUGCCUCUUGAACAGGUUCUGGACCUUCCCGGUUCUGUUGUGGUGACAGCCCUACCACCUUCACAGCAACCACCCAGCGCCUACAAAGCAGCUGUGGAUCGCUUCAAUCAGAUCUGCGGCAGCGACUGUUUGGCACCACCGGAGCAGCAGCAGAAGAAGUCUCCACCUGAUGUUCAUGAGUCCCACACACAGUUACUGCAGCAGCUGAUUGGCUCUGCUAAGACACUGACAGCCAGAGAAGACCUGUUAAACACAUUAAGGCAGCAUCUGCUGGUGCACACAGCUCGUACUGAAGGCUACAGCAAACUGAUGCUGGGAGACAGCUGCACCAGACUGGCUAUUAAGCUGCUCACCAGUAUAUCGCUGGGCAGAGGAGCACAGCUAGCUCAGGACACGGGUUUCUCUGAUUCUAGAUAUGGUGACAUAAUAUCAGUGAGGCCAAUGAGGGAUUACUCAGCUAAAGAAAUAGCUCACUACAACCGCAUGUUCAAUGUGCCCUCUGUUGUCAUUCCAAGCCUGGAGACUAAGACGUCUGAAAAGGCCAGUAUCCAGCGUCUGACAGAGAGUUUUGUCACUAAGCUGCAGACAGACUUCCCCUCUACUGUCAGCACCAUCUACAGGACCAGUGAGAAGCUGCAGACGGCGUGUAGGAGCUCCUCUACAGAUGACCACAGUGACAGAUGUCUGCUGUGUCUGUGUGUCCUGGAUACUGCUGUUGAGAAGGCCUCAGCCUUUCAGGCCACACUGAUCUCAGAGCAGCUCUCCCAGACUCUAUCUCUUGGAUCUGGGAGUCCAAGACAAAACUCAGGUCCAGUAAAGCCAACAUCAGCUGCUUCAGCUGUACAGUGCUGUUCCUUAUCAGGAGGAGAGGAUUGUGGAAGAGCAACAAGUGGUGGAAGUUGCUGUUCCUCUGCUAAGGAGACAAUAGAUCUGAAGAGCCUGUUGUGUUACAGCUGUCAGCUGACCAUCAGAGACAUGUCAUCAGUGGACCAUCUCCCACAGUACAUCAUGUCUGAGGCUAAGAGGAGGCAAAGGAGGUCUCAGAUGAGAGAUGAGAUCAGCGAGUUUCUGCUGAAUGAUGGAGACGAAGGCAAUGAUUGAUCAAACAGAAGUCAAGGACUGUAGGCUGAGGUGGAGUCAACAUGGAAGAUCACCAGUACGUUACAGAGCCAGACAGCCUGAAACCGCCGGUAUUCCACCAUCACAAGCAGCUAUGUUAGCUUGUGUGUGAUUUAUCAGUGAGGCAUUUGUUUCCAGAAGAAAAGCUGGAUUGUGCCAGGUACAAUGUUUAAUAAACCCCCAAAUAUCUGCAGUUUUCUCAGCUGCCUCACUUGACAGACACUGUGGCAGUUACUGGUAAUCCUUCACAUGUAGCCACUAAAAAUAUCAUUUCAAUGCAUAGUUUAUGAUAAAUGCACUCAAAAGGACAUUUCAGAAACAGAACACAUUAGACUAACUAGCUUUGCUUUCAUUUAUUUUUUGGAUUUUUGUGAUUUUUAGAGUGCAGAGGCUAAUUAAAGCUUAUGUUUGAAUAUCAACAACUGGUUCACUCAGGUGCUUGAAGAUCAGCAGAACCUUUUGCCUCAGACUGACAUUUUGUAUUUGUUAUUGCUCUUCUAAUAUAUGUUUAAGUUUCUAUUAAAAGCUGCUGUAAAGUCAUACAAAUGUCUGUCAAUUUAUGUAUUUAUGAUUGUAUACUGUAAAAGUUUGCUGUAUCAUUAUGUGUUUAAACUGGAUAUUCUAUUUUCAAAACCACUUAUGAUGUUCAGGCAAUGGAUGGAUUGUUUCAGGGUUAGAGCUUGAUUCAACCCCAGCAGUUCUUAGCUGACAGUUCAUGUCCACGUGUUGCUGUUAUAUAAGACAAUCUAAUUACAAACUAACAGAGGUGGGUAGAGUAGCCAAAAAUUGUACUCAAGUAAAUUAGCUAGCGGGCUAAUUAACACAGGUGGCUAACUUACCGCUGAACACCUGUGUUUUUGCUGCAGCAGCUGUCCGUCAUUAUGAGAGUGAACUUCUCAACCUGUGUUUCUCUGCUGUGUAUUUUAGCUUUUAAAAAAUUAAUUUUACUUUAAGGUUAACUGAAACCCGUUCAGCUGCACUGAAGUUUAACAUUCAGCUGGUUUGAAUUAAACUGUGCUUAACUUAACACUGCGCAACAUUACCUCUCUGAAUCUCCAUAAUUUCAUUAAAUUCCUUCUCUCUUCCACUGCUCAAGUUCAAUCCAGUAUAUAAAGUGACAAUAGUCAGUG